AUGGUGCCCUCCUCGAAAGCCGUCGUUUUCGCGAGGCAGAUGGCGAAGAAGAUUCGCGUUACGACGCCGUUUACACGUUUUCUCUCAACGGGGGACAAACAUCACCAAAACCCACCAGAGCCUUUACCCAACAGACCCUUGCGUGGAGAAAGAUCUUCUAAGCCUUCUUCACAAGCGCCUAAACUUGAAAACACACUCUCUGACCAUAGCUUCCUCGAACAGUUCAAGCUCGGUGUAACCCCUCAAGAAAAUUCACUUGAACAAAAUCCCAAGCCCCAGGAGGAAACAAGCGAGGAGCCAUUACCCGCUCCUCAAGACUCGGAGGAGAUCUUCAAGGCGAUGAAGGAAGGAGGUCUGAUUCCCAACACUGUAGCAAUGCUUGAUGGGCUUUGUAAAGAUGGGCUUGUGCAAGAAGCAAUGAAGCUGUUUGGGUUGAUGCGUGACAAGGGUACGAUCCCUGAGGUUGUUAUCUACACUGCUGUUGUCGAUGGGUUUUGCAAGGCUCAUAAGAUUGAAGACGCUAAGAGGAUUUUUAGGAAGAUGCAGAGCAGUGGGGUUUCUCCGAAUGCUUUUAGCUAUGGUGUUUUGGUUCAGGGUUUGUAUAAUUGCAGCAUGCUUGACGAUGCUGUUGAUUUUUGUGGUGAGAUGCUUGAGUCUGGUUACUCUCCCAAUGUUCCUACUUUUGUGGGAUUGGUUGAUGUGUUGUGUAGAGAGAAGGGUGUGGAACAAGCCCGGUUGGCUAUUGAGAUGUUGAACAAGAAAGGAUUUGCUGUUGAUUUGAAGGCAGUGAAGGAUUUCAUGGAGAAGACGGCGCCGUUUCCGACUUUGGCGUGGGAAGCUAUUUUUAAGAAGAAACCAAUCGAGAAACCUUUUUGA